AUGGCCGCUGGCAAGCCUGGAUAUCGCGCCUUUCGGGAGUACGAGCCCAGCACUCCUGCUGCUAUCAUCUUCAUAUGUAUCUUUGGUGUCCUAUUGAUUGCUCAUCUCUACCAAUCCAUCCGCGCAAGAAUCUACUACAUGUGGCCGCUCAUUCUUGCUACCGCUUUGGAGUUUGCUGGUUAUAUCCUUCGCAAAUACACUAUUGACCACAGGACUGAGAAGCCUCCCUCGGUCGCUGGACAAGUGCUCAUCAUCAUGGCUCCCGCAUGUUUCGCUGCAAAUCUCUAUAUGCUUGUCGGACGAAUCAUGUUGUUCAUUGGCUCGACCUAUUCCAUCGUUCGGCCUGGUUGGAUCACGCCUAUUUUCGUCGGGUUUGAUGUUCUUGCUAUUGGAUUACAAGGCCUCGGAGCUGGAAUGCUUUUUGGAAAUGAAGACGACUUGGGAAAGCUGAAGCGAGCCCGCGCGAUUCUCAUACUCGGUCUCAUGGUUCAACUAGUGGCGUUUGCCAUUUUUCUCUUCUUUGCAAUUUGGUUUGACCGCAAGGCCACCAAGGCGCUCCGACAGCGAAUGGCGCGCGUGCGACUCCUGAUGUGGGCCUUUUACGUCACAGGAGCCUUGAUUCUCCUUCGUUCGGUCUACCGUGCAGUUGAAUUCCUUACCGUGGAUAUUAGUAAUCUUCCGCCAAAAGGUUACUUGUUUACUGUCGAGUGGGCGUUCUAUGUAUUAGAUGCCUUACCGAUUGCUCUGGCUACCAUGACCUACAACAUCAUCUUCCCUGGCAAGUAUCUUCCAAAGAACAAGAGUACGACAGCUUCUUCGGAAAAUCUCCCCAUGGCCACGGCAAACACCCAGGACCAUGCCGUUCAUCACGCGUAG